ACUCGCUUCCUCGCGUUCAUUUCAUUCCUCGCCUCAUUCCGAGCAUUCUUCGCAUCUCUUGUCAGUGCGCGAAGCGACUCACCCUGAAAUCCUCUCCCCGGGCUGGCUUCAGAAACACCACAAUAACUUGACAUAGUAUUAAAAAAAAAGAGAGAGAAAAAGAAAUACCCAGUAACAUCACACAACCUAGAGCAGGGGACAUUUUUAAAUGAGAUAUCAAUAACGAGUUGGCUCAGCCGGGAGUUGUUGUCGGAGCUUCCACCGGAGCAUUUUCGCCCCAACUCGGAAGAAAAAAAAAAACCUCCUGGAGAGACUUGUUGCUUCUGCGCACUUUGACGGUGAUUUUAUUUUUCCAAAUCUCCAUCGAAGUUUGGUGUCUCUCCCUAGUCUGCUCCAAGCUUCAGCUUGGAGAGCCCAGCCGCCAAGAUGGAUCCCAGCAGCUGGAGCGGCAGCGAGAGCCCUGCCGAGGACCUGGAGAGGAUGAGCGACUCUGCAGACAAGCCGACAGACAAUGAUGCCGAGGGAGUGUGGAGCCCUGACAUUGAACAGAGCUUCCAGGAGGCGCUGGCCAUCUAUCCUCCAUGUGGACGCAGGAAGAUCAUCCUCUCUGAUGAGGGAAAGAUGUACGGUCGAAAUGAGCUGAUAGCCAGAUACAUCAAGCUUCGGACUGGGAAGACGAGGACUCGGAAGCAGGUGUCUAGUCACAUACAGGUCUUAGCGAGAAAGAAAGUUCGAGAAAUCCACGCUGCCAUUAAGGUACGUCUGGCUUUCCCCAGUUGUAGGGGGCUUUUCAUUGCCAUGGUUACAGGCUCUUCCUUUGUUUUCCUCCCCUCCCCUACCCCGCAGGUGUCUAGUCACAUUCAGGUUCUUGCCAGAAGGAAAUCUCGUGAGUUUCAUUCCAAGCUAAAGGUAACAUCCAUGGACCAAGCCGUGAAGGACAAAGCCCUCCAGAGCAUGGCCUCCAUGUCCUCGGCUCAGAUCGUCUCUGCCACGGCGAUUCACAACAAGCUCGGCCUGCCAGGCAUCCCGCGCCCAGCCUUUCCCGGAGCAGGGUUAUGGCAGGGUAUGAUAUCGACUGGCCAGCCGGGAUCGUCACAAGAUAUUAAGCCUUUCACCCAGCAAACAUACUCCACGCAGCCAGCAGUAACAACAGCCAUUUCAAGUUACGAACCCACGGCAGCUCCAGCUCACACCGCACCAGCAUGGCAGGGCCGCUCCAUCGGCACAUCUAAACUCCGACAGGUGGAGUUCUCCGCUUUCCUAGAGCAGCAGAGAGACCCAGACUCAUACAACAAGCACCUAUUUGUACAUAUCGCCCAGACAAAUCACUCCUACAGCGACGCCCUGCUGGAGUCGGUGGACAUCCGUCAGAUUUAUGAUAAAUUCCCUGAAAAGAAAGGCGGACUGAAGGAGCUGUACGCGAAAGGUCCACAGAACUCCUUCUUUCUUAUAAAAUUCUGGGCCGACUUGAACUGCAACAUUCAGGAUGACACCGGCUCUUUCUAUGGCGUCUCAAGCCAGUACGAGAGCGCAGAGAACAUGACCAUCACAUGUUCUACGAAGGUCUGCUCCUUUGGCAAGCAGGUCGUCGAGAAAGUUGAGACUGAGUACGCACGGUUUGAGAACGGGCGCUUCGUCUACAGGAUAAGCCGGUCUCCCAUGUGUGAAUACAUGAUCAACUUCAUCCAUAAGCUAAAACAUCUACCAGAGAAAUACAUGAUGAACAGUGUGCUGGAGAACUUCACCAUCUUACUGGUGGUGACGAACAGGGACACCCAGGAGACGCUGCUCUGUAUGGCGUGUGUGUUUGAGGUUUCAAACAGCGAGCACGGCGCCCAGCAUCACAUCUACAGACUGGUGAAGGAAUGAGAAGGCCCUUCUUUUCACAGACUUACCAACCUCAAAAACAAGUGGCAGUGCCUCUACCUGAAAGUCACACCUACAACGCUUUCUGGUCAUGGUAUCGGGUGAAGUCGGUCGCUAUGAAUUUUGUUUGAAUAUAAGUGUUUGUUAUUUGACUGCAGCUGUGAAUUGCGGUACAGUUGUUUAUGUUUAAAUACGGGAUGUUUAAACUAUGUUGAGUUGGUCUCUGUUGGGCAUAAAUGUGGCCGUUCUUAAUGAAUUUACUUGAUUCAUUUGGUAAAUGGAAAUCUGUGCGUCGUCUUCUGCUUCGUCUCGUAGACUAAGAAAAAAAACGGAAAAAACCCGGAUGCUGGCCUUUUCUACCAGCAGCCUCAUGUGGUCUGUGUAAUAUGUUUGCGUGUGUUUCGUACUUCUGUAGUUUAUGAUUUGUGAGCAUAUAUACUGUAGAUAUACAGACAUGCACCCACAGCCAAUAGAUUUUCCAAAGAAACAAAAGUAACACACUACAUUCACAGUCUCUGAAAGAACAGACGUAUAUUUAUCCCCACUGAAGCACUCCAAGUCAAACACUACGAGCAGAAUGAAUGCACUGUAAAGAAAAACUACAAUACAAAUGUUUUGCCUGAGUCUACUACAUAAAGGAAGUCAAUCUUUUCCACCUGUCAUUCAUCUCCCUGCUGCAAACGAGUCCUUCCUCUGCCACAACUGAGAAGUUCCUCUGCAAAAAUUCCUCCAAACAGACUCAACUAGUCCAAAAGCACUUUGUUCCCCUCCCUAAAGUCGCCUUCCGGAUAUAUCUUACUGUUUUAGAUCUGUGGUUUCUAUAAUCCUAACAGUGUAAGUCACUUGUAGACAGCAGACGUUGUUCAGAAUCUCCCCCCCCCCCUCUGGGAUCGCUGCGUAAUGACUCCUUCAUAUCCACAUGUUUCUGUGGCCUACACUGAUCCCGAGCCUUAAACAUCUUCUAGCUGUGUGUGAACUCCAAAACAUGCCACAAAUACUGUGAUCUCUAUACGUGGGAAGAACACUUUAUAAGUUUGCAUCGUGGAAGACAAUUCAUAUUACAAACAGCCAAAGUGUAAGUGUACAGUGCCUUAGAUUAUAUCCUGACAUCACCCCUUGCUUUGUUUCAAGUCGAAAAAAUCUAUUUUGUGGAUGAGACAGGAAAAUAGACUCACCAGUACACUCCGAAAAAAAAAUCCAGUGUCUUUGUUUAUUGUUGGUCUUUCCAGAGGCAGAAUACUUUUCAAUCGUGAGUCCGUUUGCGGAAAUUUAAGGUCCAAAUCUGUUGUGAUACAGGUUCUAUUUUUCUCUAAACUCUGUAAUAUGUGUCCUAAAAUCUCAGUCUUUUUCUGAGAGUGUACUUUAAACACAGACCGACUGCCUUUCCUGUUGUAACAGACCAAAAAAAACAGAGAUACAGUCAAUCUUCUGUCCUGUCCUGCAUGGUAGCAAGGAAGUGCCUUCGGUUUGAAAUUUACAGCUUCAAAAAGUCGAAACACAAACUUCAAAAAUUAAAAUGUUGCAAGACCAAAAAGGGAGACACAAGUGCGACCGAUCACCACAUUGCCUUUUGAUUGUAAUGUCAGCAGGGGAGAGCUGGAUGCUGGUAAAGUAAAGGAUCUAUACAGUUUAUUUUCAAUUAAUUUCACUCAUGAUGAUGUAUUUGAAGGAAACCUUUUUUCUUUGCUUGAGGUCAAAGACUGAGACACCUGCUGAUAAAGACAGCCGCUGACUGCACGCAGGAUCUCCGCUCUAGUUCACUGCAGCCCUCUGCUUCGUGCACACUUGCAGGUUCAAGUGUUUUGUUUAUUUUAUAAGGAAAUAAAAUGUGUUUUGGAAACUUUAAAGUUUCCUCUUUCCCGCGAUCACAAUGUGAAAACCACAGAAAAACAUCCGACCUUCUUAAUGUUACCUUUGAUGACACAGACACAGCUGGGAUGUCGACGAUGCAGGGACCCACAAGCUUUUAUUAUCAUAUAUAUAAUUAUAAUUAAUUAUUAUCAGUAAGUCUGUAGAACAAUUUCCAGACAAUAAUUUGGAUAUGUUUCAAUGCGGCAAAAUCUGGAUUUUUAUUCCAAAUUCUGUUUAAGACGCUGUUUGUUUUACUGACGCUGUGGACGAGGCCGUCAAGGUUAAAAUGUGUGUCGCCGUUAAGGACCAUAAAUACUCCGACUCUCACUGUUUCUUACAACUUCAUCAUCUGAUGUGUUUUUAAUCGAGCUCUAGAUGAAUGCAGACGAUGUCUCUGGUGGAUGCAGAUAAAAUCAAUCAGUCAGUAUUUCUGCCACAGUCCUGUGGACACUGGAGUGUUAAACAGGCCUUUUCUUAUGUUUACCCUGUGUAUCUGUUCACAUUUAUUGAUUAUUGCUUAGUGAGAUGUUCUUAUUGUACUUGUAUACAGUUGUACUUGGUUUUGUGAUGACAUUGUCUGUAUAUUGCAAGCCCAAUAAGAUGGUUAAUGAUGUUACUGCUGCACUGCUGGUACAUUUCCACAUGUCGUCCCAACACGUAGAAGAAACAGCAGGGCUGAGGCCUCCAGUGGCGUGAAUGUCAGGUGGACCAUCUCAAGAGGAAAUGGACACAAAACAUGUCAAAAUAAAAAAAUCUGCUAAGUUGAGGAAUCAUGCUACAAACAAAUCAGCAGUUUAGCUCCUGUGUUUUGUAAUUCUGUAGGUACUGGUACCUUUCUGUUUCAUGACCAUUCUCCGUCGGUGACUUUGAAGUGACUCUUCACACGGCUCACAUAUAGUCGUCAUGCACACAUUUGGGUUUUGUGUGCAGACUUUUAUUCUUUGUAAAAAGAGGCUUUGUACAAAACAAUAUCUCAGCUUUUUCUUGGUACAGAUGUGUGAUAUCUUCUCAUAUCCAUGACAGUAAAGUGUUGGAGCAGAAGGAGAGAAAAGAAGCUCUGCUAUGUUUCUGUGUUCUGCAUAUGGUCGUGUCUUUGCUCCGUAACAUUAUGAUGCCUUCUUGAUAAUAUAGUUAUUUUGUAGCUUUCUAGAUACUUUCUAUGUAUGCAAAUACUGAAGUUAAAUAAAUUUGAAACCUGUC